CAAAAAUGAUCCGUUAUAUGACUAAUUUUCUUAAGAAAUUUCUCAUCAAUUCCAUUUCUGUUUUACAGAAUCUGAUCUCACAUCAUGCUUGUUUCACUCUCUUUCUCUCUUUGCUCAAACCAAUCUUCAUCUUCUUCUCCAGUGCUUCAAGAGAUACAAUUGCUGAAACCGACACAUCAAAGACACAAUCUUUUUCUGAAAUCGAAGAAGUGAAAAUGAUCGAAUCAGAAAAUUCAGGAAUCGAUGAAGAAGAAGAGAUUAAGGAAUCACCGAAAUUCGUUUUCAAAUUCGCUUUCCAGACGGAAACUCUCGAGAAACUAAGCAGAGAAGGUUACAGAUCGACGAGUGAUUCCGGUGAGACCGAGAGCGAGAGCAGUUUUUUGUCUUGUUCUUCUUCUCCGGCGAUUUCCACGGCGGCGAAUAAGUACGAAACUCAGUCUCCGGCGAAGAAUCUCACUUUCGUUGUCGAAAACCCAAAGGCGGCGACUUUUAGGGUUGAAGAUUGUUUAAAGGAGAGGAAGCUAGAGAAAACAGAGGAUUGCUCCGGCGAUUCCGGUGAGAGCGAGAGUGGUUUUUUGUAUUCUUCUUAUCAGUCGAUUUCCACAGCGGCGAACAAACACAAAUCGCCGUCUCCGGCGAAGAAUCUCACUUUUGUUCUCCAAAACUCAAAGUCGGCGACUUUUAGGGCUGAAAAAACAGAGGAUAACUCUGUUUCUUCCUUUGAGAAAAAACCAGAGAAAAAAAUCAGAUUUUUAACAGAUGAAGAUUUUCUUGAAACUGAGUCUGAUUUUGCUGAUUCGAGUCAGACAUUCGAAAGUGGGUUUUUAUCAGAUUCCGAUUUCGGAGAAUCAUCACCGGAGGAGAAACCACAAAAUCGUAAAAACCAAAAUUCAGGUUCUGUUUCUGAUUCAGAGGAAGAAGAAGAAGAAGAAGAUACAAACGAGUUCGAGAGUUUAUGGGAGCAUCAGGAUUUGAUAGAGCAACUCAAGAUGGAGAUGAAGAAGGUUAAAGCAAUCGGUGGGCUUCCGACAAUUCGUGAAGAGGAAGAAGAUGAUUGUCCUAAGAUCAUGGAAGAUUUAAAGCCAUGGAGAAUCGAAGAAGAGAAGAGAUUUAAACAUGUUGAUACGAUUGGAGAAGUUCAUAAGUUCCAUAGAAGUUACAGAGAAAGAAUGCGAAAACUCGACAUCUUGAGUUUUCAGAAGUCUUAUGCACUUGGGCUUCUUCGAUCAAAGAACCCUUCGACCGAUGAAUCCUCUCCUCCCAAGGCCUCGUUUUCAUCGGUUUUAUCGGUUAAUCUCCGGUUAUGGAAACCAAAGAAACCAGUUACCGAACCAAUGGUUCAAUUCAUAAAAGAGAUUCAUGCAGAGUUGGAGAACGUAUACGUUGGUCACAUGUGUUUGUCGUGGGAAAUUCUUCACUGGCAAUACGAAAAGGCCAUUGAAUUACUGGAAUCGGAUGUCUAUGGAUCUCGCCGGUACAACGAAGUCGCCGGAGAGUUUCAACAGUUUCAGGUUUUGCUUCAGAGGUUUCUUGAAAACGAACCGUUCGAAGAGCCUAGAGUACAACAUUACAUCAAGAAACGUUGUGUUCUCCGUAAUCUCCUUCAAGUCCCGGUUAUUCGAGAAGAUGGAAACAAGGACAAGAGGAAAGGAAGAAGAAGAGAUUAUGAGGAAAAUGAUGAAUGUGCGAUUAAAAGUGAACAACUUGUGGAGAUCAUGGAGGAAACGAUUCGAUUAUUUUGGAGAUUUGUGCGGUGUGAUAAGCUUACAAUCUCGAUUCAUGAUCAGAAAUCUCGAACCAAGUCACAAAUAGAACCGGAUCAUGAAGAAGACUCGGAAGAUCUAGAGAUGUUCACCGAGGUUAAAUCAGAACUUCAAAAUAAGGAGAAGAGAUUGAAAGAUGUGUUGAAGAGUGAGAGAUGUAUCAUAAGAAGAUUCCAAAAGCACAAGGAAGAAGAUUCAACAGAAGACCAAGUGCUUCACUUCUUCUCACAAGUGGACAUGAAGCUUGUGACAAGAGUCUUGAACAUGUCCAAAUUGACUAAGGAACACUUGGUUUGGUGUCAUAAUAAGUUGACCAAGAUUAGCUUUGUGAAUAGAAGGUUACAUUUAGAUCCUUCCUUUUGUCUCUUCCCUUGUUGAGAUUUCUUCUGUAUUGACCUUGUAGAUCUUAUACCUGUGCCUAACUAAAGCAAUAAGAGCAAUAAAAUACAAAUUUUGU